AUAAAUAUAGAAGUUUAGGGUGGUGAAAGAACAAAAGAUGAAAUGUGUCUACAUUACUUUCUUUAUUAUCCUCGUAUGAAAAAUUUUUACGGUUGCUUGUCAUUCAAUUCUGAAUAAGCAUGGAAACGAGUAAUGAAUCGUUCUGAGUAAGUCUAGAGGUUUUAUUACUUUAAUUGAGUUAUUUUUUGUUUCAAAUAUUUCUGUCUAAAGAUCAACAUUUGACUAUGCAAAACUUGGAAAAUGGUUAAAGGAACUAAAAUGGACACCGGAAUUAGUAGUACAAUGGCAGAAAUUGUAUAAUGAAGCUCCACGUUCUGUUGUGGUUGGUCAAGCAGACAAUUUUACAUUAAUAAAUCUAACUAAAAUACCAGAAUAUGAAGAUUUGAAAAUACCAAAAUGUAAAAAAAACAUUUAG